AUGACCGCCGCUGUGCAUGGCAGUCCUCACUUGGGAGUCGGAGCCCUUCAAAUCGCCCCGGAGCUGAAGACGGCGGAGGCCGAGGUCUCCUUGCAGCGCUUCCGCAAGCAUGGCGAUGUCCAGACGGAGGCGGCUGUGACUGCUCUCCGAGAGGCGGCGCAGCUGGCAUGGAGCACGCGUCGACUGGAAGAAGGCCUCCGGGCAGCAGACGAGGCACGUCAGUUGCUUCAAGAGCGCCGCGACCGGGAAGGGGAAUUAGACUUCCUGUCCUGGACCAUUUGUGCUCUGCGGAGACGGCGGAACGAAGCAGAAGCAAUGCGUUUUGCACGGCGGCGUUUGGAGCUCUACCGCCAGAUGCAAAUGCUCCCGCAGGUUGCGAGUAGCCUUUGCGAGAUAGCUGAGCUCAGCCUGGCUUUGGACGAGGUCAUCGAGGCUACAGAGGCCGGCCAAGCAGCCGAAUUGAUCUUCAAGCGCUUGAAGGAUCACAGAGGCGAAGCAAGGGUUCUGCUGGAGGUUGUCGCCAAGGUGGAGACAUUGAAGGGACGCACCGAUGUGGCUCAGCUGGCUGCGAAGAAUGCAGCCUCGCUCCUGCGAGAAAAGUGCGACAGCGCAGGCGAAGCAAAGGCGUUGACCGUGCUGGCGGACCAGCUAGUGUCUGCAAGCCACCACGAGGAAGCUCUCGAAAUGCUCGGGGAGGCAGCCAUCAGGUUUCGCAAGGCGAAGGAGCACACGGCUUUGGCUGAAAUGUUGAUUGCAGGCGUGACUGUCCACCUGGACGUAGGGAGCUUGUCAAAGGCGCAACAGGCAGCCGAUACUGCCCUAGGCGUUUGCCGGCAGCUCGACAAGGACGGGGCCAGUCAGCUGGCUUCCGCCCUCCUCGCUGCAGCCAGGGCCAACUUGGCAGCUGCAUCUUCCUCUGGCAUCUCUGCGGCGCUGCAGCAAGCCAAGGAGGCACAAGAGCUGUCAGCUGGGCUUCAAGACGCCAACACAGAAGCAGCUGCACGGCUGCUUCUGACCGAUGCACAGAUUGCGAGCGGAAGGCUGCAGGAUGCCCUGCACGAAGCAUCCCGGUUGGCCACCGAGAGCAGAGAGAGCGGCGACGUGGCGGGCGAGGCGACGGCCCUAUUCUACUGCUUCCGCGCACUCCGCGACUCCGGACGUCGAGACGAGGCUCUUGCCACGCUGCACCAGGCCCUUGGCCUCUACUGGGACAUCGCCGACUCGUCUGGAGCAAUGAAGUGCUUGUAUGCCUUGGCUCAAGUCCAUCUGGCGGCGGGGGAUGCAGCAGCAUCCUUGCAGGCCCUGGCGGAAGUCCUGAGCAUGGUGAAACGCUACAGGCGGAACCAGCGCAUGGAGGCUUCUGUGCUGCAGCUUGCAGCAAAAGCCAUGCUUGCGAUGCCAGAGAAGAGCAAGGCACUGCAGGGCUUCUCCCUGGACUGCAUCCAAGCAUCUUCGCAAGCUGCCGAGGCCUUCAGGGAGGGUGGCGACAUGGCUGGCCUGGCCUCGGCCCUUCGAACGCUCGCGGCCGCGCAUUUGCAAAAGAAGUCUCCGUCACAAGGAGCUAUGGCUGCGAAAGAGUCCGCAUCUUUGUACAAAGACCUGGGCGACCAAACCGGCGAGGCCGACUCCUUGUUGCAGCUCACCGUCGCCCAGCUUGAGGCAGAGCGUCCGGAAGAUGCCAUGCCGACUGCAAGAGCCGCGCACGACCUUUGCAAGAAGGUCUCGGACAUUCGGCGCUGCGCACUCGCGCAAGAGUUGGUCCAGCUUGCUCAAACCUUUGACAAGCAGUUCAAGAGUGGCUUGUGGGCUCCUACUGGAAAAGGUCUCACUGCGAAGAUUGCAAGUGGCAUGGGAGGUGAGGAGGUGCGACUGCAUAGAUGGAUCCCUCCGCCUAACAGUUCGGAGUACAUGGCCAAGGAGGAGCAAGGGCAACAAAAGGCUAUGCAGGACCGAAAGUUUGGUGCCAAGUUGCCCUUCCAGAGAAAGCCAUUUCCGUGGGUUACGCCGAAGGAGAAGGAGAAGCCUGCCGACCCGGAACCUGAGCCGAUCGCGGCUUCACAGACCGAUGAAGCCAAAGUCGCCGGCUCCGGCUUUGACUGGAGUUCAACCAUCUCGCAGCCGGCGCCUGUAGGAGGUUUGGAAGGAUACUGGCGCUGCGAGCGAUGUGGCGUGUUAUUCGAAGAUCCUUCCGAGGGCGCACGAGCAGAUGCAGAUGGGAACUUUGAGUGGUUCUGCCGCAGCUGUUGGCGGGACUGGGUGGAUGAACACCUUCGGCGCGCCCGGGCUGCCAAAGAAGCAGGUGUCAGCACCUCGCAGCAUGGUGGCAAAGGCGGCGGGCGCGCCCUCAGGGCAAAGCCGACAGAACAACGCCAGACCGAGACGAAGCCUGCGCGGCCCUUGCCAAGCCGGCAAGAGCUGCAGCAGCUGUCCCUCAUCGAGCUCUACAAGCACGCGAGAUCCAGCGGUGCAGAUUUCAAGCUUCUCAGCAUUGCUAUGGACAGCGACAAUCCGAAGACGGGGCUGCUGGAGCUGCUAGCACCGACGUGA